AUGGACAACAAAAACUCUCAGUCAAAUUCAAAUAUAUCGCAGCGUCUUCAGAUUGCUGCCGAACGACGCACUCAAAUAGAGGAGGCGAGAAGGGAACGCGUUCAACGACAGAUUGAGCAGUCACCACGACCAACAGUGGCCGCUGCAAUGAACAGCCACGGUUUCAACCAGAACCCUUCGGUCGCCUUUGGGAGCACCCGUCCGCGGAACAUUGACCUCACCCGACCGCUGGUGACGCCCAUUCCCAGUGCCAGGCCCAAAUCGGAGAUAUUUCCCAGCACUUUCUACGCUGGGGCUGCCCACAGCGGUGGCGGCGGUGGUGGUUCAACGCAGGUUGACAGCAGUUCAUCCGCCUACUUUUCCACACCGCUGAAAGCAUCGUCUCAGCACGUCUUUGCCAAGGAUGACGCCAACUACCAGCCGGCAACUCGAAGUCCACGAACCCCACUGCAACCGCAGCAGUCCACGACGACGACGCCGUCGCUAAUGUCCCAGUCAAUGAUAGUGCCCAGCAGCAGCAGCAGCAACAGUGGUGGUAGUUCCAACUACCGAGCCGCUCGUCGUCACGACCCCGAGCUGGUGCCCGCCAUGCAGAAGUACAUCUUCCGCGAGUACGCCAUGCCCACCUCCGCCUCCUCGGGCACGCCCUCUCUGCGCAAGGAGAACAGCAUGAUCUCCUCGAUGAUGUCCACCAAGUCCUUCCAACAGGGGCCCACCUCUUCCUCUUCCUUCUACCGUACGCCCUUUGGCGGGCCGCAGAACCGCCCCAAGAAGUCCUACAGCAUGAAUCGACUGGAUCAGCUGGCACAGCCCAGGCGACGAGUGGAGCCGAAAGUGCCCACAUCAGCGUCAUUUGUGCGUCCCAAAAUGGAGCCGUUUACCCCCAGUUCCAAGAAGCCAGCUCCAGCGACAGAAGGAGGUGAAGGACGAGUCAAACCGAUUCCACCGCCAAAAACGUUGUUCAAGAGUCCCAGACCGCAGACUGCAGCAGCCGAACCGUCGAGCACUAGUUCACCAUCUGCUGCUGCUGCUGCGACCCCAGCCGUUCCCAGUCGAAGUCGUCCGGCAACGACGCCUAAGCCUCGUCCACUUAGUCAAAUUGAACUCUCAUCGACGCAAUCGGCUGCAGCAUCGGCUGAAGAGGCGGCAAAUGCAGCAGCAAAUGAAGGCGAAAAAGAGUUUGAGGGCAGCGCCGAUGACCGCCUGGCCGAGUACAAGAGAGCCCUUGCCGAGAAACGUGCCAUGUUCCGUAAGCAGCAGGAGGAGCAGCAACUGCUGCAGCAACAGAAUCCAGUGAGAAAGGCCAAAAUUGUCAAACCAGAGCCGGCACCGGUCGUGGCAGAGUCUGAAGAGAGCAAGAAAGCGGCAUCUUCCUCAUCUUCGUCUUCUUCCUCCUCAUCUGAAGCAUCCGACAAUGAGGCGGACAAUGAGGACGAUGAACACAAACAGCAGCAAAACAAACCUGAAUCAGUUUCCACUGCUGUUGCUGCUGCUGCCGCUCCUCUCUCAGUCGAGUUGGCCCAAGUGAGCAGCGAGGAGGCAAAGAAAACUGCGUCCGAAGCUGUUCCGGCACCUUCGCAAACUUCGUCUGUCACUGAAUCAGCAAACGUCAACAGUGAGCAGCUAAUUUCCUUCGGUGACUCUUCACCGUCAGCAGCCAGCCCUCAAGUGCCGCCACCUAGAGACGCAGUGAUGACCGGUGACAUGAUGAGCACCAGUUUAACGGGCGACCUGGCGGCUUUGGCCAUCAAUUCGGGAGCAAACAGCAGCCGAAGUGAGAUGGCGGAAAAAGCGCUGGCCGGCGCCUCUAUGACCGCCUCGCUUGACCUCUCGCUCCUCAACGAAAACAAACCGGGCUUUUCCGGCAACAGCAAAGCCGGCGCCACCACCUUCACCAAGGAGCAGCUUGAGGAGCGCAGCGCCCAACUCCUCCAGCAGCAGAUGGCCGAACGGGAGAAGCGCAAAAGUCGCGUUCAAGAGAUUCUCAAGCGCACUCGCAAGGACGAGAAAGCAAAGGAGGGCGCUUCCAAGCAAACGGACUCUAACGGCUCCAACGGCGACUCCAGUCAGUCGGAGAACGAGGCGAACAAUGGCAACAACUCAGAUGAGGCCUCCAAUGAACAGGCGCCAGUUGGCACCAGCAGUGGUGGUGCAGAGGAUGGCAGCAGCGGCAGCAAAUUCAACGGCCACAAUGGAGAGUCCUCCGGAAAGGCGACGACAGCGGACAACGGACAUUCCAAUGGCCACCUCGGCUCCAAUCACCACCGAGACAUGAAGACCUUCGUCAGCGAGAACGAGCAGUCCCUGCCGCCGACUAAUGGAUUCUAA